AACAACAUGCCAGAGAUCAGCAGACUCUGUAUGGCCGCGCUUGCGUCCUCUAUCCGCGAUCGCUGGAGCUCUUGGACAUGAUCGGUGUGUACGAUAGAAUAGCUGAUAUUGGUUUCAUAAGUCGGUAUGUACGUUAUUUCAAGCUGCCAGGGGGUAUUUGAUCCCUUGUGUAGGGGAUCAGUCACCGUGAAAGACGGUCAGGCCACGGCUUCGCGAGGCUGGGGUUGGGUGAAGAAAGCAGUCGCCGGCAAGACCUAUUUCGACUUCUGCAUGUGUAUCCGUCAGCGAUCUGCAAUCACGGAGCUGAACGAAGAUGCUGUCCGACCAUCCGUCAAGCUUAUGGACUACAGCGUCGAUGAAUCAUCUGAACACCCCAUCGCAGCUACCCUUCAAUUAAAAGAAGGCCAGUUGGUCCAUCAAGUAUCUGUCGGCGCCGAUGGUGGCCGGUCCACCGUUCGCGCCCUCAGUGAUAUCGCCUUCCCCGGCGUGUCUUCCCCUCACAAAUGGGUUCGGCUCGACGCUAUUGUCAAGACGGACUUGCCUCACCGCCGCGGCGUCGCCGUCUCCAUCGAGACAAAAGAACACGGAAAUGUUCUCUGGAUUCCGAUAGACAACGGCAGGACGCGCAUCGGCUUCGUGCUCAAGGACGAGUUGUACCGUGACGGUGUCGAUGGAAUGGGUGUCACGGCUGACGUUGUGAUGGAGGAGGCGAAGAAAGCCCUGCAGCCCAAUUCAUUGGAGUUCCUCCAGCUGGACUGGUGGACCGUGUAUGCCGUAGGCCAGCGCGUGGCGGAGCAGUUCAAGAAAGGUCGUGUGUUCUUGGCAGGAGAUGCUGCCCACACACAUUCGUCUGGCUCAGGUCAGGGCAUGAAUACGGGAGGAAUCCUGGAGGUCUACGACUCCGAGCGUCGUGCAUCAGCCCAGCACCUCAUCGAGCUUGAUAAGGAAACCUCAUCCCUCAUCUCAGGCAAGAUUCCCGCACGAUUCAACGCACUGCCGGACGCCAAUGUCAAUGACUACCUGUACAAUGUCUUUGAAGAGAGUGCGGCCUUCAACGUCGGUCUAGGGAUCUCGUACCCCGAGAAUCUACUCAACCAGACCUACCCAGGCCCAGGCAAUGGCCCUUCCGCGACGGUUUCGGUGGGUCACCGUGGUCCUGACGCGGCACUCUUCCGUCCCGGCGCAAAGCUCCCGCGCAGGCUACAUGAACUCACCGCGUCGGCCGGGAACAGGUUUACCAUUCUCGUAUUCGCGGGAGCAGUACGCCCUGUGGAUGAUUUCAUGAAGCUCGAUGAGACAAGUGCCGCGAGGUAUCGGGAGCUCAGACAACAUGUUGACUCUGAGGCGUCGUUUACGCGCACCCUGGCGGAUGUCUUCGUUUUCCUGUCCAUCGUGCGAAGCGAAGGAGUCUUGCAGCCUGCGGAGGCCCUCGGAGUCUCUCCUCUUGGGAAAAUGGCCUACGACCACUCGGGCGACGCGUACGACAAGUACGGUGUGCGAGCUGCAGAGGGCGCUCUAGUGGUGCUCCGACCCGACGGUAUCGUGGGCUUCGUUGCACCUCUUGACAUGGACGGCAUGCAAGCCGUGGGUCGGUACUUCCAGACUUUUGUCAACGGCAGAGCGAUCCGCCAGCAGGCUAUGUCGCGAGAUAUCGGGCACUGGCAUGCCAUCGGUGAGAUGUCGGUGGAGGGUCAGGAGGAAUCCACGAGGCUUGUGUAACAGUAGCGGCGAGUGGUCAGUCUCUAGGCUUGAUAGGCUACGUUCGCCUACUAUGUAGUAGGCCCAUCAUGUUGGUAUCCAUACGGGGAUCUUGAACGAACAUUAGGUCGGAUGGACGAAUAGCGGCAGGUCGCGCCACCC